AUGUUGCUGAAUCUUGAGUCUAAUAAACUGUAUGGAAACAUCCCAGGUGGCAUAAUUAAUUGCAUAUCUUUGCAACAACUUCGUCUAAGUGGUAACAGACUAACUGGAAGCUUUCCUUCUGAUUUAUGCAAAUUGCCGAAUCUCACUGCUAUUGAAUUGGGUCCAAAUAAGUUCAGUGGUCCAAUACCUCAAGAGGUUGAGAAGUGCCAAAAGUUGCAAAGACUCGAUCUCUCUGGAAAUCAAUUCACCUCCGAGUUGCCAAAGGAGAUAGGAAAUCUAUCCCAGCUUGUGUCUUUUAACGUUUCAUCAAACUUGUUCACUGGGCGGAUCCCGCCAGAAAUUCUUCACUGCAAGGGUCUGCAAAGGCUUGAUCUUGGCUGGAACAGAUUCAUUGAUGCUAUACCAAUUGAGCUAGGAACACUUUCACUGCUUGAACGUCUUAUUGUUUCAGAAAAUAUGUUUUCUGGAAAUAUUCCAGCGGCAUUGGGCAAGCUCUCUCAUUUGACAGAGUUGCAGAUGGGUGGAAAUUUAUUAUCCGGAGAGAUACCAAAGGAGUUGGGUGAUUUUGCAGGCCUGCAAAUUGCAAUGAAUCUUAGUUGUAAUAACUUAACUGGGAGAAUACCGCCUGAGCUUGGAAACCUUAUCUUAUUAGAAUAUCUCUUGCUCAACAACAAUCAUUUGAGCGGUGAAAUUCCUAGAACAUUUGUAAACCUGUCGAGCUUACUGGGCUGCGACUUCUCAUUCAAUGACUUAACUGGGCCAUUGCCUUCUGUACAGCUGUUUCAGAACAUGAGUAUCAGUAGCUUCAUUGGAAACAAAGGGCUUUGUGGUGGGCCGCUCGGUAAUUGUAGUGGGUCUACACCUUUCGACAAAAUUCCUUCUGUGAGAAGUUCAGAUGCUUCUCAAGGAAAGGUCAUUACUGUAGUUGCAGCUGUCAUUGGUGGAGUGUCUCUUGUUCUAAUUGUAGCUAUUUUGUAUGUUAUGAAGCGUCAUCCAGUCGAAAUGGCUGUGUCGUUACAAGAAGAUAAUGACAUUUCAUCCCCAGGUUCUGAUAUUUAUUUUCAUCCAAAAGAGGGGUUCACUUUUCAGGACCUCGUUGAGGCCACAAACAAUUUUCACGAUAAUUAUGUUAUUGGAAGGGGAGGAGUUGGGACAGUCUAUAAAGCAGUUUUGCGAUCCACUCAAAUAAUUGCAGUUAAGAAGCUGGCAUCUAAUAGAGAGGCGAAAGUGAUUGACAUGCCUCAGUCAAAGUCUUUGUCUGCAGUUGCUGGAUCAUAUGGUUACAUAGCCCCUGGUCUUACUGUUUGUGUGGGAUUCUUGGAGAUCUUAGAUCUCUUUGGGUCUUAUAGUUUGCUUAGGCUCACUGAAGAUCUCUCUAUGCCUUAUAGUUUGAAUAGGAUCCUCGGGGAUCACACUAGGUCUCAUUUGCCUGGGAUCCCCAGGGAUAGAUCUUUCGUCCCUGUGAACACCCAAAUGGUCGCUUGGUGUUACACCUUGCUUGGUUCCUUGGAGAUCUUUCUAGGUCUUACAAUUGCCUAG